AUGUUGUGCUGGGGAAAUGCUUCUUUUGGACAGCUAGGUUUGGGUGGAAUUGAUGAAGAAAUUGUACUAGAGCCCAGAAAAAGUGACUUUUUUAUAAACAAAAAGGUUCGAGAUGUAGGAUGUGGACUCAGACAUACUGUAUUUGUUCUGGAUGAUGGAACCGUAUACACGUGUGGAUGUAAUGAUCUAGGGCAGCUAGGUCAUGAAAAAUCCAGAAAGAAACCAGAGCAGGUUGUUGCCCUGGAUGCCCAAAAUAUUGUAGCUGUUUCAUGUGGAGAAGCUCAUACAUUAGCACUAAAUGACAAGGGCCAGGUGUAUGCUUGGGGUCUCGAUUCUGAUGGACAGCUUGGCCUGCUAGGAUCAGAGGAAUGUAUCAGAGUACCCAGAAAUAUUAAAAGUUUGUCGGAUAUCCAGAUAGUACAGGUUGCUUGUGGUUACUAUCAUUCACUUGCACUUUCUAAAGCAAGUGAAGUCUUCUGCUGGGGACAGAAUAAAUAUGGCCAAUUGGGUUUAGGCAUUGACUGUAAAAAGCAAGCUUCACCACAGCUGAUUAAGUCUUUACUUGGAAUCCCUUUCAUGCAAAUAGCGGCUGGAGGAGCCCAUAGUUUUGUACUCACUCUUUCUGGAGCUAUCUUUGGAUGGGGACGCAACAAAUUUGGUCAACUAGGUCUUAAUGAUGAAAAUGAUAGGUAUGUUCCUAAUUUACUAAAGUCACUAAGAACUCAGAAAAUAGUUUAUAUUUGUUGUGGAGAAGAUCAUACUGCUGCACUAACCAAGGAAGGUGGAGUGUUUACUUUCGGAGCUGGAGGGUAUGGUCAGUUGGGUCAUAACUCUACCAGUCAUGAAAUAAACCCAAGGAAAGUUUUUGAGCUUAUGGGAAGCAUUGUCACUCAGAUUGCUUGUGGAAGGCAGCACACUUCUGCUUUUGUUCCUUCAUCAGGACGAAUUUAUUCUUUUGGACUUGGUGGUAAUGGACAGCUAGGAACUGGUUCAACAAGCAACAGGAAAAGUCCAUUCACUGUGAAAGGAAAUUGGUUUCCUUAUAAUGGGCAGUGUCCACCAGAUUUUGAUUCUGAAGAAUAUUUCUGCGUGAAAAGAAUUUUCUCAGGUGGAGAUCAAAGCUUUUCACAUUAUUCUAAUCCCCAGAACUGUGGGCCACCAGAUGACUUUAGAUAUCCUGAUCCUUCGAAGCAGAUCUGGACUGUGAAUGAAGCUCUAAUUCAAAAAUGGCUCAGCUACCCCUCUGGAAGAUUUCCUGUAGAGAUAGCCAAUGAAAUUGAUGGAACAUUUUCUUCAUCUGGUUGUCUGAAUGGAAGUUUUUUAGCUGUUAGCAACGAUGAUCACUAUAGAACGGGCGCUAGAUUUUCAGGUGUUGAUAUGAAUGCUGCUAGACUUUUAUUCCACAAACUUAUACAGCCUGAUCAUCCUCAGAUAUCUCAACAGGUUGCAGCUAGCUUGGAAAAGAAUCUUAUUCCUAAACUGACUAGCUCCUUACCUGAUGUUGAAGCAUUGAGAUUUUAUCUUACUCUGCCAGAAUGUCCCCUGAUGAGCGAUUCCAACAAUUUCACCACAAUAGCAAUUCCCUUUGGUACAGCUCUUGUGAACUUAGAAAAGGCACCGCUGAAAGUACUUGAAAACUGGUGGUCAGUACUUGAACCUCCGCUAUUCCUCAAGAUUGUAGAACUUUUUAAGGAGGUUGUGGUACAUCUUUUGAAACUCUACAAGAUCGGCAUUCCCCCUUCUGAGAGAAGAAUUUUCAACAGUUUUCUUCAUACUGCAUUAAAGGUUUUAGAAAUAUUACAUAGGGUAAAUGAGAAAUCUGGACAGAUUAUUCAGUAUGAUAAAUUUUAUAUACAUGAAGUACAAGAAUUGAUAGACAUACGGAAUGAUUAUAUCAUCUGGGUCCAACAGCAGGCCUAUGGAAUGGAUGUCAACCAUGGAUUAACUGAGUUGGCAGAUAUCCCUGUUACAAUCUGCACAUAUCCAUUUGUAUUUGAUGCCCAAGCAAAAACUACUCUGUUACAAACAGAUGCAGUCUUACAGAUGCAGAUGGCUAUUGACCAGGCCCACAGACAGAAUGUCUCCUCUCUUUUUCUCCCAGUGAUUGAAUCUGUGAACCCUUGCUUAAUUCUAGUGGUACGUAGGGAAAAUAUUGUAGGAGAUGCAAUGGAAGUCCUUAGGAAAACAAAAAAUAUAGACUACAAAAAGCCACUCAAGGUUAUAUUUGUUGGAGAAGAUGCUGUUGAUGCAGGAGGGGUACGCAAGGAAUUUUUCUUGCUUAUCAUGAGGGAAUUAUUGGAUCCUAAAUAUGGCAUGUUUAGGUAUUACGAAGAUUCCAGACUCAUUUGGUUUUCUGAUAAGACAUUUGAAGACAGUGAUUUAUUCCACUUGAUUGGUGUUAUCUGUGGAUUAGCAAUUUAUAAUUUUACUAUUGUGGACCUCCAUUUUCCUUUGGCUUUAUAUAAGAAACUGCUGAAAAAGAAGCCAUCCCUGGAAGAUUUGAAAGAACUGGUCCCUGAUGUUGGGAGAAGCAUGCAACAGUUACUGGAUUAUCCCGAGGAUGAUGUUGAAGAGACAUUUUGUCUUAAUUUUACGAUCACAGUUGAAAACUUUGGUGCAACAGAAGUGAAAGAACUGGUUCUAAAUGGUGCAGACACAGCUGUUAACAAACAAAAUCGACAAGAGUUUGUUGAUGCUUAUGUGGAUUACAUAUUCAAUAAAUCAGUGGCUUCCUUAUUUGAUGCUUUUCAUGCGGGCUUUCAUAAGGUCUGUGGAGGAAAAGUCCUUCAGCUCUUUCAGCCUAAUGAACUACAAGCAAUGGUUAUUGGAAACACAAAUUAUGAUUGGAAGGAGUUGGAAAAGAAUACAGAAUACAAAGGAGAAUAUUGGGCAGAACAUCCUACAAUAAAAAUGUUCUGGGAAGUAUUUCACGAAUUACCAUUGGAAAAGAAAAAACAAUUUUUGUUAUUUUUGACAGGUAGUGAUCGCAUUCCCAUUCUUGGUAUGAAGAGUCUAAUACUAGUCAUCCAGUCAACAGGAGGUGGUGAGGAAUAUCUCCCAGUUUCCCAUACCUGUUUUAAUCUUCUGGAUCUUCCAAAAUAUACAGACAAAGAAACUCUACGCUCUAAACUGAUUCAAGCUAUUGAUCACAAUGAAGGCUUCAGUUUAAUAUAA